AUGCUGUUGCUUAUUUCGUUGGCUUUUUUCUAUUUCCGUAAUGCAGAAACAGCUUGUGUUCCAAUGGAAGAACAACAAAAAGGUAAGCAAAAAUAUACCACGAUUUAAAACGCGAAAGUCAGAGGAAUAAAAAUAAUGUGCUCCACGGAAAUUAAUUUCCAACAAAACUAGAUAAGACGGCUUAUAAUUAAGGAGGGGCCGGCGAAAUGGGUGUCUGUGCUGACAUAAUCUUUCCAUAUUAGUUGAGUAGGAUCUCGUUGAUUCCAUUUUUCAGCAGCUCUAAAUUGGAGUAAUCGAUGCUGCUUCUAUUCCUCAUCAUGAAGCUGUCUAAUCGCAUACUAGUCAGCCAAAUGAUUUUAAUUAUUAAUUAUUACCGAACACGGGAUAGUGAUUGUCGUCUGUUUGCUUAAAUUGGUCGACGUUUCGGCUCUAACUUCGGCUUAGCAAGGCCUUCGUCCGUUUGAAUAAAUGUAUUAGUUGUUAUCCAAGAUUUAUUAUCAUUAUCACUAUCAUCAUCAUCAUCAUCAUGAUCAUCAUCGUCAUCAUCAUCAUAAUCAUAAUAAUCAUCAUCGUCAUUAUCAACAUCAACAUUACUUUUCUCUCCAAACCUCGCUCGAUAGCUGUCGUGGCUGUUCUAGGACUUUGGAUCCGCUAAAGACAACCAAGCUUCCAAAAGGAGACACCUCAUGAAAAUCAGGCUAGUUAGCUUUCGUAUAUAUAACAAUGGAUUUCGGUGGACAACUUCCACUAACUCCAUCCGCUCUCUGGUAUUCCCCAAAUGAAGAGCUUGCAAUGCUUGCCAGCUUUUGUUACUUCGACGAGAAAAGCAGAACCUUUCAAUGUAUGUGGUUUGCAAUAGAAUGAUAUAGUAGAUGUAACGGAGGACUGGCCACUUCCGUCUCUGGUAGGGAUAGGCGAGAUCCAUGGGGAAAUGACCAUCAUGGUAGUGUUGUAGUGCUGCAAUUUGUUUUAUAAAUUAUGCUUUGUCACGCCAAAACUAUUUAGUAGUAAAAAUUAUACGACUGUACAAUUUGUCCUCAUAAACAAAAUAUAAAUGUAUGAUGAUGUUAUUAUGGCAGUUGAUAUAUCAUAGUUAGGGGCAAAUGAGGUGUACUUAAGUAGAAAAUAAAGAGUCGAAGAUAUUUGUUUUCCCUUCCUUAGGUAUGCGCAAAGUCUACUGAUGGUUUUUGCUAACCUAAUAUUUAACCAUUUACAGUUCCUACAGCUCCUUCACUGACUAUCAACACUCUUGAGUUCCCAGAUGAUCACGUGUUGCUCGUGGGAUACAGCGUAACAAUAGUUUGCACUAGCAACGCUUCCAAAGAAAACUAUGGCAUUCCAAGUUUCGGCCAACCGUAUUGGAUCCACUUCUACUUCAAUGAUAAUCCUUUUAAAAUAAAAGAAUGCGGUGGUAGAACAAAUGAUAUUGAAGAAAGCAAAGUUUGUACCCAUGUAAUUAACAAUGCAUCAAGAAGUGAUUCUGGUAAUUACACUUGUUGGGCAAAUAAUCAAUUGCAAUGUACGGCGGGCUCUAUAGAGCUAGUGUUUAAAGGUAAGCAGUGAAGUAUAUAUUUGUACUUUUUAUUAUACCUCCAUCAAGAAGUGGUCAUGAUUCUGGUAAUUAUAUUUCUUGGGCAAAUAAUCAAUAAUAAUAAAAUAAAUAAAUAAAUAAUUUACUAUAGCGCCUUUUAACAUAAAAAUGAUCAAAAGCGCUUUACAUUAAUGAUGAUUAAAAUUAUAGAAGGAAUCUAUGAUAGAUAAAACCGAAUAAAAGUAAUAUGCUGAUAAAAAUACAUACAGAUAAAUAAAAUAAAAGUGAAAAUAAAAUCAAGUUAAAACUACAUAAAAGCUUAUAUCAAAAGGUAUGAUUUGAUAUGUCUCUUAAGUUACCCGAUAUCACGGAUAUGCGCGAGACGGUUGUUCUUCAAUUUAAGAGCGGCAGCGGAAAACUAUCUAGCGCCUAAUGUUGCCAGCAUACGCGUCUUAGGAUGUUCUAAAACAGUGGAGUGAUGCCAUCUUAAUGAAUAUGAAGAAGAGGUCCUAAUGCUAACCAUAUCGCUUAUGUAUCCAGGUGACAUGCCAUGAAUGGCCUUAAGUGAUAAUUACAGCUUUAAAAUAGAUACGGUAAAUCACUGGCAGCGAUAGCCAAUAAAGAUUAGAAAGAGCUGGCGAAAUGGCGAGAUACGGUCGUUAAGUCUUGCCGCAGUGUUCUGAAAGGAUGUUAUGAAUAUGAUAGACACAGGCUUUACCCAUUAUUUGUUUAAUAUGAUUGUUCAUACUUAGUUAAUUGUCAAUAAAUGCCCCCAAGUUUCUAGCAUUCAACGAAGCAUCAAUAGUAUAAUCACCAACUUGUAGACUGAAGGCGCCAAGUUUAUUGAGCUGCUGUCUAGUCUCGAUGACGAGAAAUUCACUUUCAUCGUCAAUUAGUAGCAACCUUCCAUCAGUCAGCGAUUUCCGUAAGGCACGUAUGCACUCCUCCAUAGCACGCAGUGCCUCAUCUUGUGCGUUAUCGUCAUCUUCUCUGAAACUGAGUUUCAGCUGCGUGUCGUCCGCGAAACAAUGAACUUGUGGAAGAUGACGCUCAAUAAUCUUAAACAGCGAGGAUGUUUAAAUGACGAACAGCAAGGGUCCCAGACAAGAACCCUGAGGUAUGCCACAGCCAGGUGAGAACUGUCUGAGAAGCGAUCCAUCGAUGGCUGACUCCGAUUCGACAGAUAUGAGCUGAACCAGUAAAGCAUUUUCCCACGUAUGCCGACAUCCCUGUGCUGACGCUCCAACAAGAUAUUAAGGAGUUUAAGGUGGCUGAACACAGUUUUGGCAGUUUGAAAGUAAAUGUCAUUUGCCAAAUCAUAGCAAGAGAAAGGUUGCAGCUCACAAGCUGAAACUUGGCAAGUGAAAAAUAUACUGAUAAAAGAUUUUGAUGGACGGUUAAAAUUUGACGUUUUUGUAGUUUCCAUGGCAACAUCAAAGAAUUGAAUACAACCUUAAAAUUUCCUUUUUGCUCAGUUUACAUAAAACUCGCUCAUUAGAUUUUCCUAUAAACUUGCACACACCUUACUAUAAGUAAUCAUUACCAUUUGAAACUUAUUUGACCAAAUUUUAACAGACGGGUUUUUAGAUAAUCAACAAUAUAAUUGUACUGUAAUUAUUCAAUGUGUCACAAAAUUCGUCUGUUCAACUUCCGUUUUAAUGUUCUCAUUAUUUGAAAUAUGAUAAAAGUAAAAAUUCUGCCAAAUAUCACAAAAUUUUAAUGAGUAGAUUUUGAGAAAUCGUCGUCUGUGUAACAUUGCUUUAAAAAGUCAAAAACAAGAGCGGUCUCACAACGGUCACGCAUUCUUUCCUUAACACGCAUGCGCAGUACAUAGGAUUUCUCGGAAUCUUUCGCAGACUCGUGUUUGGCUUUGGUUGUUUUUCACUCAGGAUUUUCUACAUCACAUGUGCUUUUAUCGCUGAAUGGGACCGUAUUUGUUGGCAUAAGACACAGUCUACAAGUAAAACUAAGAGUUGAAUUCAACUCUGAAUUUUUUUGAAAUGGUUUAGAAUUACAUGUAAUGUCAACGGGUCUGCAGUUCCACGAACACNAUUAGCAAAUGAACCCGUCUGUAGAGAGAGAUUAAUGAUUUGGUGAUAACAGGCACCAGAAUAUCAAUGCAGCCGACAACGAGAGGCGUAGGUAUUUGGUAAAUUGAGUAGGAUUUCUUAAGCGCGGCCUCAACGAGCUUUCUGGACUUCCGAUUCAUUAAAUACUCUGAAACCAUCCAUAGUUGCGCAACAGGUGAGUCCGCUAAACAUUUCUCAUUGCCAGGCGACACUGUCGUAGCCAUGUUAUCAAGCUUGUUUUGUAUUACCACAACCUUCGGAGCGAAAAAAUCACCAAACUUAUAAGCAAGUACUACCUUGUCUGUAAAAGGAGGAUAUUGAGUUAUUCGAGCCACGCCAAGCAAUCUACUCGUUAAAGAGAAAAGCUUCUUCUGGUCGCCACUGCUCUUGUAAAUGAGGUCUUUGUAAAACACCCUGCGUGCAACAUUCAUCAGGUUGUUCGAUUUGUUUCUGAGACCCUUGAACGCUCGCAUAUCGGCCGCCUGGCCUGAGAGGCGCUUGUAGGUCCCCUGUGCAACGACGGCAGACAAAUGUACAAAAAAGCGUGCUGAACGUGCAAAGUUCUUGUUCUGCUAAUCUAAACAUACUACAUUUUUUCCCGUUCUCUUUGCCGUCGCCGUCGUCGUUGCCGGCUUAAGGUCCCUAGCUGCAUUGUACGCGGGCUCUAUAUAUUAAGAGCUAGUGUUUAAUAGCCUGCGCAGCUGGCGGUAUUGUGUGAUUAAAGUUUUGGCGGCGGAGCCGUGAUCCAAAAAAUGGAGUUGGGAUGAGGCGUUUAUUUCUCGCGGCUCCGCCGCCAAAUCUCACUCGACUAGUACACAAUACCGCCAGCUACGCAGUCUAGUGUUUAAAGGUAAGCAGUGAAAUUAUCCACCUUAAGGUUUUCUGAUUUCCUCUAGAUUUUCUUUAAACUUGCUGCAUAGAAGUGUCUGAUCAAGAAACACCAGUCGUUUAAUCAUAGUCAACUGAAAUCAGUUAGUAAACAAUUUAUUACAUUUAGAUACGAACUCGUUAAUAAAAUAGGCGAAAACUCCGUUCUUGCAAUUUUUAUAGGUAAAUGAGCUUGUUCUGGGCGAAAUAAUGAUACACAGAUAAAUAUUUUGUUUUCCUUUUGUACAACAUCUAAGUUUAAUGUUAAGUUCUGUUGUUAUGAUCUAGAGAGCUCCUCCCCAAUUUUUACUGUCAACCCUCCGGCUAAGAAGUUUAUUUCUCGUGGAGGAAGAGCGAACUUGACCUGCAAGGCAGUAGGUAUUCCAAACCCCGUGAUUACAUGGUACAAGGAUGGGAUUCCUGUGCCCGAGGCAAACAUCGCCGAAGCAAGAGGUCUCUCGACCUUAACUUUGGAAUUGGUCACAGCACUUCACCAAGGGGAAUACUGGUGCGAGGCAAGAAACUCGCAAGGAUGGAGCAGAUCCUCUAGUACAAUACUGAGUAUGAAGCAAAGUAAGUUGUUAUAAACGGAUAUUUUCAGUUUUAAAGUUCUGUUUUUCCUUCUUUUUUCGCUCGAACACCAGUAAAAUAAAAGACACGAAAGUUCUGAUUUGAGUGCAAAGCACUGUCUUCAUCGUAUCGCAUAUUAAAAAUUAAAUUUAUACCUUGGAGAAUACGAUGGAUAACUGUCACCACCUUCGAUAAGUAAUUAAAGAGUCUUUGGUGCAAUUCAGUGUUGCGUGACUCCCGCGGCUACUUCGUAGCCAGCCAUAGGUUCCAAACAUUGUAUUUUUUAUUCGUAGGCGAGUGCUCCUUUAAGAUCCUGUGAACGAGUUGCAUGUCGUCCUUUUAGCUCAUGGGCGUCAUAAAAUGAAUUAACGGGCCAGUUAAAAAUCAGCUGAAUCCAGCCUGGUAUCUAGGUGUUCUAUCUUGCUUCCUAAUCCGGCGUGCCUAACAGCUCACGGUAGUCGGCCACGUUUAACCGAGCCCGGAGCGCUUGGGGACUAGGGUGGGUUAAGGCAUUCAAGUGGCUGAUUCCCUCUACUAAAAAUGGCAAACAAAAGUAAAGAAUUCACUGAUGUAAAUUCAUUUUGAGUUUCAGUUCGCUAAGAAAUAAAUGAGUGCAUAGCUACUGAGAUACACUGGAGUAAUAAGAUUUGUUUCAUUUUUCUACCAGGGCCAACAAUUUCACUUUAUCCGCAAAACGUGGUAGUAUCCUUAAAGCAAAAUAUCACCAUGGUUCCCUUCGCUUGUAAAGCCGCCGGAUCACCUCCACCUGUAGUUACUUGGUUAAAGAACAACUCUACACAGCCCAAUGGAACAGUGCUUGAAAUUGAUGGAAUUUCAUGGCUCAUUCUUGUUUUAGUGGAAAUACAGAACAGCGAAGAUAGCUACGUCUGCGUUGCUAGGAAUUCAGAAGGGGAAGCUUAUUCCUCAGAAGCAAUGGUGAUCAAUACAAUACCAGGUGCGGACAAUAAUUUAUGGCUGUUGCAAAGAUAUGUUUACCCUUAAAGGUAAGCUCCAUUUCCACCGCUCGUCCGAGUCCGGUAUGAGUGCAGUUGGUUAUCGAGCGUACCUUCCUAGUAAAAGCUAAGGGAAUCUGACCGUAAGCAAGGGCGCGGCAUUUCGAAAGGGUUAACUGAAUGCACUUAAGACCAAUUACAUUUAUAAGACAUAAUAAUGAAGCAUCAAUGGUGGAGACAAGGACGCGCCUUCGCCUGCUCUCGGCUCUCUACAUCUUAGCCACCUUGAACUUCCUUCUUAACCACUUCGUUUACCACCCAUCAAGUGCUAACAACGUUGCGAAUCUAAGGACGAACACUUGAAAGAAAACAAUUGCUACAUUUCCCUCCUAUACUGUGUUUUCUGAGACUCGGCCAGUUCGUCGUCGGUUUUUACAACUCUCGAAUUACUCCGCAUCUUUCAACCCCGUUGUAUUGCUCGAGAUUGCACGCUGUGGUGAUAUACACCAGGAGCUGAACGUUAAAUCUUAUGGCUGAGCUUCCAAUAAAAAAAUGAAAAAAAAAAAAAAACAAUCAAAUCAGCAAUAACAAAGGACUAAGUUUAAGCAGUCCGGGUUUUUAAAAGACGAAUCCACCACGGCCCAGUUACUUCAAUCUUUCAUAACAUAGGCGAAAAGCUGGACAACCGAGUGUAAGUUGAUGCUAUCUAUCUUGAAUUCGCUAAAGCCUUUGACAGGGUAAACCACAGUGCUGUUUAGAAACUCUACCGAUUCGACAUCUGCGGUACCCAGUGUUGUCCUGGUUCGAACACUAUUUCACUGACCGUGUCCAAAGGGUUGCCUUUCUCAGCGUCAACCCUGAACCUCUCCCAUUAUUAUCAGGCGUCCCGCAAGGAUCAAUACUUGGACCACUCUUGUUCCUCAUAUAUAAGGUGGGCCCCAGGCGACGAUCGAAUAGUAUCCCAUGAUGCACCUCGAUUCAUGUUGUAUUAUCACUGCGGACGUGACACAUCAUUAUCAGUAAUCUUCAGCACGCGUGAAGUGAACAUCGAUCGCAGUGCUCGAUGUGGAUGUUUUCCAAACGUGUGUCGGUUCAGCAGCUUCUACUUUUGAGAUUAUCGAGGUGGCUUAUAUUCACUGUCCUUUAAAGGAGAAUUUCAGCGUUACUUUGAUCAAGAAGGGUUUUACAUGUAUUUCACUGAUCUGUCGAGAACUCCUUUGUGCGCUCGGUCGCACUGUAAACACAAAGUAUAAGACUCGGCAAUUGAUAAGCUUCGAUAGGUUCACUGAUCAGAACAGUACCCAGGCCAGAGGAGAACCAAAACUAUGACUGAUCUAUAAAGUGGUUCCAACAAAACAGCCGCUACGCUGUGAAGCUAAUUACCAAAGGAGAAUUUAUUACAGCAUCGCGCUGAAAGGAGCUGAAGUUUACAACGGCAGUUACAAAUAAAAUUUAACCUAUCGAUGCGACAAACAAUUCUCUGAAGCACAAUCUACUCGGUACUGACUCAAGCAAUCAUCAAGGAAAUUUCCUGGCCAGAAUACUGAUCUGUUCUUUUGAAUAAAUAAAGUUUCUGAUGUUUCUUUUUCAAAUUCUGAGCAGGCCUGUUUACGUUGUGCCGGCUUGCAUGCUGCGUGAUACCUUUCUUUAGGUUGUUUUCACACUGAAACACACCAUUAUGCACCGCUCCUUCUUCGAAUUAAAAAUAAUUAUAGACAAAUUCCUUUUAAAAAUAACCUCUUUGAAAAUACAAAGUGAUUGCUUCGGCAUAAAUAUUAAAGCGCUCUCGAAAGCGCCCAACAGAUUGUAGCCUUCAGCAGGCUUUACACAUAUAUUAUGACACAUGGCGUUGAAAUGUGAUAAAAGAUUCGAAAUUUAAGCCAUCUUUGGUCGACAAAAAAGUCUUCAAAAUGUGGGUACUUCUGGGUACUUCUUAGCCUGUACAAUAUUCAGGACUUCAUUUUGCUGGCGUGACGUCCACAUUUCGAAGAUUUCAACGUAUAUUCCAAAAAAUCUUGAAUAUUCAUGACCUUGUUGUGGGUCAGUGAACACUUUGUGAUGGGAAGACUACUUGAAACCGUGAAAAUAAAUGUUUCUGUGCGGAAACUUCGCUCUUAAGCCGUUGCAAAUCGGAGAAAUCAUGUCAAAUAACGAAAUAAUGUAAUUUUCUUACUUUUACUGGAAAUCGAGUGAGAAAAAAGCCGACGAGAAAACGACCUUAUUUCAUGAUGGAAUCUGCCAUGACUGCGAUAUUGCGUGAUGCUUCUGGAAAAAUGCAUCAUGGGAUACUAUUCGCUCGUCGUCUGGGUGGGCCCCUUGAGCUCUCAAUUUUAUCCUUGACAUCGAAAGAAUUAGGCAGCGCGCAAAAAAAAAAUCAUUUUGUCUUUGCCGUAUCGGUCCGAACCAAGCAAAGACUAUGGAAAAAUGAGCCUCUAUCUUUUUGUUAUUGGCAUGAAUUUUUAGAUCUGGUGUAUGUAUUCAGAUGAAUAGUUAGUCUAUCGGAUUCUUUUAUUUCGGUAAUUUACCCACAUGCACUAGACCCAGGCGCUCUGAUUCCUCUCAAGGUACUCCGCGCCAUACGAUUAGAGCCUUUGAGAACAGUUUUUACUGGAAGACUUCCAAGGAACCUGGAACACUUUAUCAGCCCGCCUCUAGAACUUUAACUGUUCAGUAGCGCACUUUAAGAAAGAACUUUUUAAUUACUGUUUGUUUCUUAUUAAGUCUGAGUGGUUAUGAUUCCUCCACCCCCACCCCGCCCCCCUCCCCCCCCCCUUAACGCAAGACCUACAAGACUAUGUGUAUCAAGUGCCACACUAGUCGGCCAUUGACCCGCUUGCUCGAUGGAAUGUGUUGUUGAUUCUUUUAUCAGUGUUUACAAGCCCUAUUAUGUUUGUUAUUGCGGUUUCUGUUGUUUUUAAUGCAUUGUUACUAAGUUACUAUUGUGUGUAUAAGUAGUGUUUUUUUUAUUGCCCACGUAAUGGAGCUCGCUCUGUGAGAUAUCUUAGCGCAGAUUUUUAAAUAAAAUAAAUAAUUAAUUAAUUAAAAAUGAAGAUCAAUUUCCCAAUUGAUAAGAUUCGACGAUGAUAUGCAUAUACUUUUGUAGCAUCAAAGACGUUUUAAGUUCUGACUCUCGCUGUGUCUAAUAGCUUAUUGUUUAAACUUGUAAUAUUCAGACACUAUAAGCGUUGCUGACGUUUUUCAAGAGGAGGUUGGGAAAGUGUUCGAGUAUAGUGGGAGUUGCCAAACGGCUGUAGGAAAGCUCUUCUUCAUUUCGGGUGGCAAAAGGAGAUCAAAUGGAGAGCUUGACAAGCUAGGCUAAAAACAAUCUCUAUUCAGUCCCUAGAGAAUGUUACGUUCCCUUGUUAGUUCAAAAUAGCAGCUAUUUAAAAUAUAAAUUACAACUUUUCUCUUAAAAAAACUUCAGAUAUAGGCCCUUCAAUAUAUCGGCACCCAGAAAAUCGCACAGCCUCUCCUGGUGAUCACGUGGUAUUUACAUGCGCUGUCGAAGGACUGCCGGCCCCUUCGAUUAUUUGGCUGAGAGAUGGAUUGGAAGUGACUGACAGAAAGGCCAAGACAUACCAGGGAAGAGACAGUAUCAUUUCAGAACUGCAUAUUGCCUCCGUUGAAAAACACCAUUUUGGUAAAUAUACAUGUCAGGCAGCGAACACAAUAGGAAUUGUUGUCUCAAAGGAUGCAUUGCUUUCUUUAGCAGGAAGG